GCCGGGCAGCCGGGCAGCCAGGCGCGGGGACGCUCGCCCCGCUUCCUCCUCCUCCUCCUCCUCCUCCUCCUCCUUCUCCGGCUCCGGAAGCAGCUCCUGCCGCCAACUGGGGACCCUGGCCGACACCCCUGGACACUCGAGAGAAGGGAACCCCAGCUUUCCGCUGCAGCAGUCCGGAGUGCUGCCUUUGUGUCCUCCAAGCCAACCGAGAUGCAAGCAGCCGGUGAGGGGAGUUGAACUCUGUAUCCAGCAAGGGGCUCCGCAGAAACCCCUCUGUUCUUUUGGCCACCGAACCCCCUCAGCCCCCCACCACGGGGCAGGGGUGGAGGAAUCUGCCUGUCCUUGGAGCCUGCUGUGAAGUCGCUUCUCUUCUGGGUGCGGGGUGACAUUUGUGCGCCUCCAAUGUGGACCCCAGUGGAUUGGACCCCUCUUGGUCACUGGCGAUGAAAUGAUGGCCACGCGUGGGACUGCUGUGUCGGAGGGAGAUGGUGACAAGCUCAAGGCCCCUCAGGAGGUAUCAAAAAAUCAGGAUGGGAAAGAGCAAAGUGAAACUGUAUCACCGUCCGAAGAUGAAGCGUUCUGGCCAGGUCCCAAGACGGUCACGCUGAAAAGAACUUCUCAAGGCUUUGGCUUCACACUGAGGCAUUUUAUUGUCUACCCCCCAGAGUCCGCAGUUCAGUUUUCAUAUAAGGAUGAAGAAAAUGGAAACAGAGGAGGAAAACAAGGGAAGCGCUUGGAGCCCAUGGACACCAUCUUUGUCAAGCAGGUUAAGGAAGGAGGGCCGGCGUUUGAAGCUGGACUGUGCACAGGUGACCGAAUCAUCAAAGUCAAUGGAGAAAGUGUUAUUGGAAAGACCUAUUCUCAAGUGAUUGCUUUAAUUCAGAACAGUGAUACAACAUUGGAACUUAGUGUUAUGCCAAAAGAUGAAGACAUUCUCCAAGUGCUACAAUUUACAAAGGAUGUCACAGCACUGGCAUAUUCUCAAGAUGCCUACCUGAAAGGCAAUGAAGCUUUCAGUGGCAAUGCCCGCAACAUCCCAGAGCCUCCCCCCGUCUGCUAUCCCUGGUUGCCUUCUGCACCUUCAGCCGUGGCACAGCCGGUCGAAGCAUCUCCUCCGGACUCCUCGCUGAGCAAGCCACAAAGCACUACCCCAGUACUGACGCAACCUGCGCGGGCCUACAGAAUGGAAAUACAAGUGCCUCCGUCACCAACAGACGUUGCAAAAUCCAACACAGCAGUGUGUGUUUGCAAUGAAAGUGUAAGGACUGUUAUUGUGCCUUCUGAGAAGGUUGUAGAUUUGCUCUCCAAUAGAAGUAACCACACAGGUCCUUCUCAUAGAACUGAAGAAGUGAGGUAUGGCAUAAAUGAGCAGACCUCUCUAAAAACAGUAUCAAGAACCACAUCUCCACCAUCUCCAAUUCCCACUGCCCGUGUAAUUCAUCAUUCUGCAGGCUCCAGGUCAUUGGAACCUUCCAGAAUUCUACUUAAAUCUGGCAAUUACAGUGGCCAUUCAGAAGGUAUCGCAAGCGACAGGUCUCACAUGGUAGACUCCCCAUCGGUGUCUGUUAGUCACUGUUCCCCCAAUUCCCAUCAGCACAUAGACUGGAAAAACUAUAAGACUUACAAAGAGUAUAUCGAUAACAGAAGAUUGCACAUAGGUUGUCGGACGAUUCAAGAAAGAUUGGAUAGUCUGAGAGCUGCAUCUCAGAGCACGGCCGACUAUAGCCAGGUACCCAGCCGCACUAGCUCGCAGGUACGACGUCGCAGCACUUCUCAUGACCGGGUGCCCCAGUCCGUCCAGGUCCGGCAGCGCAGCGUGUCCCAGGAAAGACUGGAAGAUUCUUUGCUAAUGAAGUAUUGUCCACGGAGUGCAUCUCAAGGAGCGCUGACCUCUCCCCCUGUUAGUUUUAGUAACCACAGAACUCGGUCCUGGGAUUACCUGGAGGGACAGGGCCAAAGUGCAGAGAAUGCUGGUUCUGAGGGUCAAACACCCGAUUCCAAUGGGGAGCGGAAGCAGACGUACAAGUGGAGCGGGUUUACAGAGCAGGAUGACAGGCGAGGCAUUUAUGAAAGAACAAGGCAGCAAGAAAUUCAUAAAACUUUCCGGAGUUCGAAUUUCUCCGUGGCCCCGGGUGUGCUUAGUGUGGAUAAUAGGCGAGUGACUGGUCGGGGAAUGGGAGCUGUGGCACAGUUUAAAAAGACCCCCUCCGAUCUGAAAACGCUACAGUCAAGCAGAAAUGUUCCCGCUGCUUGUGGAGUGUCCCUGCCCCGGGGUGUCUCCCAAGACCGAUCACCUCUUGUGAAAGUCCGAAGCAACUCUCUGAAAGCGCCCUCCGUGCACGCCACGAGACCAUCUUUCAGCCAGAACUCAUUGGUUUCCGUCAAGGACCACAGACCGGUAAAUCACCUGCAUCAAAACAGUGUGCUCAGUCAGCAGCCAUGGUUCAGAGCUGGCAGUGGCCCCGAACACCAGGUGGACCCUGCGAAACCCCCCUCUUUCUCCGGAGCUCCUGCCAAGCCCGCUGCGCGGGAGAGCGAGAACUCCACCACUGCCAACGUGCAAUCGCCCGUCAGUCCGAGGGAUGCAGACCUAAACAUACAAGAGGCUGAAACCCAGCAGUCGCACACUGUAGACACGAAAGAGACGGUCGUCCUGCGAGAAAAACCUCCAUCUGGUCGCCAAACGCCACAGCCUCUGAGGCACCAGUCUUACAUCCUGGCAGUGAACGACCAGGAGACGGGCUCUGACACCACCUGCUGGCUGCCCAACGACGCCCGCCGAGAGGUCAACAUCAAGAGGCUGGAGGAAAGGAAGGCCUCCAGCGCCAGUCCGCCCGGGGACUCCUUGGCAUCCAUCCCGUUCAUAGAUGAGCCCACCAGCCCGAGCAUUGAUCAUGACAUUGCACACAUCCCUGCUUCUGCCGUAAUUUCAGCCUCCACCUCUCAAGUCCCCUCCAUUGCAACUGUCCCUCCCAGCCUCACGACCUCCGCUCCUUUAAUCCGAAGGCAACUGUCACAUGACCAUGAGUCUGUCGGGACCCCUGGCCUGGAUGCCCAGCCCACCUCAAAGACGGAAAGGUCCAAAUCCUACGACGAGGGCCUGGAUGACUACAGAGAAGAUGCCAAAUUGUCCUUUAAGCACGUGUCUAGCCUGAAGGGAAUCAAGCUCACUGACAGCCAGAAGUCAUCAGAAGACUCAGGAUCCAGGAAAGACUCCUCCUCAGAGGUCUUCAGUGACGCUGCCAAGGAAGGGUGGCUGCAUUUCCGGCCCCUUGUCACCGACAAGGGCAAGAGAGUCGGCGGGAGCAUCCGGCCGUGGAAGCAGAUGUACGUGGUGCUGCGGGGCCAUUCGCUGUACCUGUACAAAGACAAGAGAGAGCAGCCGACUCCGUGCGAGGAGGAACAGCCCAUCAGCGUGAACGCCUGCCUCAUCGACAUCUCCUACAGCGAGACCAAGCGCAAAAACGUGUUCCGGCUCACCACGCCCGACUGCGAGUGCCUGUUCCAGGCGGAGGACCGGGACGACAUGCUGGCCUGGAUCAAGACCAUCCAGGACAGCAGCAACCUCAACGAGGAGGACACAGGUGUGACCAACAGGGAUCUCAUCAGUCGGAGGAUCAAAGAAUACAACAGCCUCAUGAGCAAAGCAGAACAGCUGCCAAAAACCCCUCGCCAGAGCCUCAGCCUCAGGCAGACUUUGCUUGGUGCUAAAUCAGAGCCAAAGACCCAGAGCCCACACUCUCCAAAAGAGGAGUCGGAGCGGAAACUUCUCAGUAAAGAUGAUACCAGUCCCCCCAAAGACAAAAGCACAUGGAGAAAAGGCAUCCCCCACAUCAUGAGGAAGACAUUUGAAAAGAAGCCUGCUGCUACAGGGACCUUCGGGGUCCGACUGGAUGACUGCCCACCAGCUCACACAAAUCGGUAUAUUCCAUUAAUAGUUGAUAUAUGUUGCAAAUUAGUUGAAGAACGAGGUCUCGAAUAUACAGGUAUUUAUAGAGUUCCCGGAAAUAAUGCAGCCAUCUCAAGUAUGCAGGAAGAGCUCAACAAGGGAAUGGCUGAUAUUGAUAUACAAGAUGAUAAAUGGCGAGACUUGAACGUGAUCAGCAGUUUACUAAAAUCUUUCUUCAGAAAACUCCCAGAGCCUCUCUUCACAAAUGAUAAAUACGCUGAUUUUAUUGAAGCCAAUCGUAAAGAAGAUCCUCUUGACCGCCUGAAAACCUUAAAAAGACUAAUUCAUGACUUGCCUGAACAUCAUUAUGAAACACUUAAAUUUCUCUCAGCUCAUUUGAAGACAGUGGCAGAAAACUCAGAAAAAAAUAAGAUGGAACCAAGAAAUCUGGCAAUAGUUUUUGGUCCCACUCUGGUGCGAACAUCAGAAGACAACAUGACUCACAUGGUCACCCACAUGCCCGACCAGUACAAGAUCGUGGAGACGCUGAUCCAGCACCAUGAUUGGUUUUUCACGGAAGAAGGAGCCGAAGAACCUCUUACGACAGUGCAGGAGGAAAACACAGUAGACUCGCAGCCAGUGCCAAACAUAGAUCAUUUACUCACCAACAUUGGAAGGACAGGCGUGGCCCCCGGAGACGGAUCAGAUUCAGCUACUAGUGACUCAACAAAAUCUAAGGGCUCCUGGGGACCAGGAAAGGAGCAGUACAGCAGGGAACUGCUGGUGUCCUCCAUCUUCGCAGCCGCCAGCCGCAAAAGGAAAAAGCCCAAGGAAAAGGCACAGCCCAGCAGCUCAGAAGACGAGCUGGACAGUGUGUUUCAUAAGAAGGAGAACGCGGCACAGGGUCACAGUGACGCCAAGGAAGAGUCCAGGAAAGAUGGAGAGACCUUGGGCAGGAAGCAGAGGGGCCCAGCUGCAGCCAGGAGUGAGAGGGCGGCCCCCGGGGGUGAGGUGCGCUCCCCAGCGCUCAGCUGCCGCCUGCCGGUGCCCAGGGAGGGCUCUGGCUGCCGGCUGACCCCAAGGCCCCCUUGCUCCGCGGAGGAGGCGGGUUCAGACUCGGGCACACUACUCAGCAUGUCUUCCCAGGCCUCGCUGCCACAGCCAUCCACCAAGCCCAGUGCCAGUCCGGAGAGCAGGCGAGGCGAGUUUGUGGGCACCAUCACCUCUGACUACUCCACCACGUCUUCAGCCACCUACGCGGUCAGCCUGGACUCCAGUCGCCUGAGCCCCGAAGUUCAGUCCAUGGCGGAAAGCAGGGGCGACGAGGCAGACGACGAGCGCAGCGAGCUGGUGAGCGAGGGCCGCCCCCCCGAGAGCGACAGCGAGUGUGACUUUGCUGUGUUCACCGUGUCACACGCUGCCGAGCGCGAGGGCAGCCUGGCUCUGAGCCUCGAGGGCCGCAGGCCGCCCUUCAGCUCGCACAAGCUCAUCGAGUGUGACACGCUGUCCCGACGAAAGUCCACCCGCCUGCGCUCCGAGGGCGAGCGGGACGCGCCUGCCCUAGCCCGCGUGUUGGAUGUCAUGAAGAAGGGCAGGUCCACUGGCAGCCUCGCGCCACCCCCUGCCAGAGCCGAGGCCGAGCGGCCUGAGCCCUCGUGGAAGAGCAGGAUUGCAGAUCGCCUCAAGCUGCGGGUCAGGGCGCCCGCUGCCGACGACAUGCUCCCAGGGGCCAGCCCCAGGCCUCAGGCCGAGGGCACCCGGAGGAAAAACAUCCGGCGGCGGCACACGCUUGGCGGGCACCGGGACGCAGCAGACGCCAGCGUGGCCAGCUUCUGGAAGGUGCAUGAGCAGGGCGGCACCGAACCCGAGCUGUCGGCCGUGACACGGCUAAGACCCAAGUGCCAAGCCCAGGACCUGUCCAUCGCAGACUGGCUGGCUCGGGAGCGCCUCCGCACCAGCACGCCCGACCUCAGCUGCUCGCCCACAGGCGAGCCCGUGUUGAGCAGCCCCAGCGGCCUGGGUGCUGGCCCAGCCCUUACCCCAGCGGCUUCACCAGACCAGGUGAAUGGCGACGAGCGCUUCCAUAAGGGGAGCCAGGCCGCCUCUGGCCCUGCAGCUGCCACACAACCCCACAAACUGUCAGAAGCCCGGGGCAGCAGCACACCGCUCCAUCCCUGCGUGUGAGCCGAGGCUCAGGCACAGCUAUUACUGCAGGCUCUAGCCCCUCUGUACAGACCUUCCCGCCCCAGACCUGUUAUUCCGCAGCCUUGCCCAGGGCUGCCUUCUUCCUCGUGCACUGUGGAACGGCUUUACAGUGUACUGCCGCAGCCAGAAGAACAUACAUAUAUAUAGAUAUAUAUAUAUUUAAAUAUAUAUAUAUUUAAAAGUAUAUCAAAUAGUUGUAUACAAAUGAGCACAGUAUUUGUUGCAACUCGCUCCAUAGUGUAAGACCCAAAAUGACCGCAGGAAGGCGCUGGCACGCACGUGCCGCCUGCCUCUUCCUCUGGUUUCAUCACUAACAAAAGUGCCUCAUACGAAAACACGUCGGGGUGUUAGGGUGCCAUAUUGGUGACGUGAGAUAACGUGAAUCCGCGAGCACACCUUGUCGGUAACAAGCUUCAUCCCAUGGCCCAGUUUUAACACAGGUGGAUACAGAACUUCCAUUCUUUAGUCAUUCCAGGUGGAUCUGAGUUUUAUAUUCAAACUUUUAAUACAGCUUUUUGAGUUUUUGUGUGACUUGAAUUUUUAAUCUUUCUGUAAAAUACGUAACUUAAAUGAACAUAUUAUAUGUGUAUCUUUUCUUCAGAUACCAGAUUUGAUAUAAAUGUUGUAACAUAGAUGUGUAGUAGUGGGUCCUGGAUGGAACUGGCCUCUUUAUCGAGAAGAAUAUAAUUCUGCAUGAGGACUUAACGAAUCCAAACCUGUGUCAUGCCUGUGUGCAUACCCGAUUAAACACUGGAAAUAAAA